UUUCGAACCCCUUCCUGCCACCUCUUUGUCGUUGUUCAAAUCAGGUUCACUCUCAUCUUCGCUGGCACUGCACGCUGUCAUUGCUCGUACAAGAUCUCCACAUGAAUUGCCAAGUCAGCACUUUGCUGACGUGGUGCGCCCGCGAGGGCAUCUUCAUUGACGACCGACUCCACGUUGUGGCUGCGCCUUCUGGUAUAUCUGUCUGUUCUAAGCAGGGCGAUAUAUCUCCCGAUGAGACAGUCGUUACCGUACCUCGAACCUCCGCCCUAUCCCUUCGCAAUUGCACGUUUCGAGACCAUGUCCCCGAUGGCGCAUACGAAGACUGGGAUUAUAAUCACUUGAAGCUUGCUUUCGCACUGUACUCAGAAAUUCUUCUCGACCGUCAGUCACGCUGGUAUGGUUAUCUGCAGGCACUUCCCGAAUCGGCCCCGGAUCUCCCUCUUUUCUGGAAUCUAGGAACGACGGAAUACCUUGAGGAAGAUGGAAAGAGCGCAUCUCGAUGGCUUCAGGGUACCGAAGCCGACCGGCUUCGUGGAAGAAAAGAAACAGAAGCUUCGCCUAUAGAAGUCAUACGCCAGUUUUACAGAAAAGUGGUGGCGCCUUUCAGUAUUCACUCCCGUUCCUUGCCUUCGGCAGGAUCGCUCUCGCCGAAGAAAACGACGUUUGAUGGCUUCAUUCGUGCUUACGCAUUGGUGUGCUCUCGAGCGUUCGUAACAGACCUAUACUACGGUCUUUGUAUGAUACCCAUAGCCGACGCCUUCAAUCACCACGUUCAGAAUCAUGUUCAACUCGCGGUAGAAGAGGCCGUGUGCCCUCAAUGCGGCGCAUUCGACGCCUGCCUGCAUGACUCGGAUGUCCCAGACGCCCUAUCCGAUCAGACUUCUGACGCAGAGGACCCCACCUUCGACAUGGUUGCUACGACAUAUAUACCGCCAGGAACAGAAGUCUUCAACACGUAUGGAGAGACGCUCACGAACGCCCAACUCCUCCUUUCCUACGGCUUCAUACUCAAGCAGAACGACAACGACCAUCUGAGCUGGGAUCCUGCAGAGCCGGAUCUCCUUGGACCAGACGCCGAGGGCGUGCUUGACCUAUACCGCAGCGCCCUCGAGAAGUUACCGGCUGGUUCUCUGGCGCCACUCCUCCAAUCGGAGCUCGUAGAGCAGAACACGAAUCUGCCCCCCUUCUCCAUCACUGGCGAGGGGACGCUGAAUGGGAGCCUAUGGCUGCUGCUCGUAGUGCAGAUCCUGAUGGCCGAGCAUAGGACUGCCGCUUUUGGAGAGCCUACGGCGGAAUCCAUUGUCGCUCGCUUGCCUGCCACGAUCGCGACGCAACUGUAUAUGGAAGCGAGUGACGAGGACAGGGCCCAUAUGCGGAUGAAAGAAACUGAGCUUGACGAGGCGGCCAUCAAGCUCCCUCGCCUCGUCAGAGCAUUAUGUCGGCGUCGGCGGGAGAGGUACUUUGGCGCAGGUACAAAGGCAGCACAUGAGGUGGUCGCUGCGUUCGAUAACGUACCCGAAACAUGGACGCGCACUCGUACAGCCAUGACUCUGCUCAUUGGGGAAAGGGCACUUCUAGAUACCUGCGAAUGUCUUUGGGUCGACCUCGCAGCUUCCUUCGAUGCCACCGCCUCCGGCUGGACUGUCCCAUAAGCCAAAGGGUGAUGAGAUUAGAGAUACAUUGAAUUGUGCAAAUUUCCUUGCCAUCCUGU